AUGGCUAUAGCCGUGCUUGAUGCUCUUGACAACGCCCGGACACAAUGGUACCACGUGACGGCGAUUGUGAUCGCCGGCAUGGGCUUCUUCACUGACGCCUAUGACCUCUUCUGCAUCUCCACCGUCUCUAAACUCUUGGGACGUCUCUACUAUUUCAACCCCAAUUCACCAAAGCCCGGGAAGCUGCCACAGGAUGUCAACAACUUGGUCACCGGUGUCGCCCUUGUCGGAACCUUAUCGGGCCAGCUCUUCUUCGGAUGGCUUGGGGACAAGCUCGGACGCAAGAAAGUCUACGGCGUAACCCUAAUUAUGAUGGUCGUUUGCGCUAUUUGCUCCGGCCUUUCCUUUGGCGCUACUGCAAGGGGCGUGAUGGGGACGCUAUGCUUCUUUAGGUUUUGGUUAGGGUUUGGGAUUGGAGGAGAUUACCCGCUCUCCGCCACCAUCAUGUCGGAGUACGCCAACAAGUCAACACGGGGAGCUUUCAUAGCCGCCGUGUUUGCGAUGCAGGGCGUGGGAAUCAUAUUCGCUGGCCUAGUUUCCAUGAUUCUUUCCAAGAUCUUCCUAGGAUUCUAUGAUGCCCCUCCUUAUAAGUUUGAUGACUUCUCCCCCGUUUUCUCUACGCAACCCGAGGCGGAUUACUUGUGGCGGAUUGUGCUCAUGCUUGGAGCUUUGCCCGCAAUCUUGACUUUCUACUGGCGGAUGAAAAUGCCCGAAACUGGACGGUACACCGCCUUGAUAGAAGGAAACGCGAAGCAAGCCGCAGUGGACAUGGGACGUGUUCUGGAGAUAGAAAUACAAGAUGAGCAAGACAAGCUGGCUCAAUUCAAAGCCGCAAACAACUACUCCUUAUUAUCCCAAGAGUUCUGGGGGCGUCAUGGAAAGCAUUUGAUCGGCACGAGCACCACUUGGUUCUUGUUGGACAUCGCCUUCUACAGCCAAAACCUAACCCAGAAGGACAUUUUCCCCGCCAUGGGUCUGAUCCAUAAGGACUUCCAAAUGAACGCUCUUCGAGAAGUCUUCGAGACCUCGCGCGCCAUGUUCAUAAUUGCCUUGUGUGGGACCUUCCCUGGCUACUGGUUCACUGUAGCCUUGAUCGAAAAGCUCGGCCGCUUCAAAAUCCAGCUCCUCGGCUUCUUCAUGAUGACUAUCUUCAUGCUCAUCAUAGGCAUCAAGUACGACUACUUGAGAGAGAACGGACACGGGGCGGUGUUCGGAGCUCUCUACGGUCUCACCUUUUUCUUCGCGAAUUUUGGGCCCAACAGCACCACCUUUGUCCUUCCGGCGGAGCUUUUUCCGACAAGGGUUAGGUCCACGUGUCACGCCAUCAGUGCAGCCUCUGGGAAGGCCGGUGCCAUCGUCGCGGCCUUCGGGGUUCAGACCUACACCUUGGAUGGUUCCACAAAGAAAAUUCGGGAGGCCAUGUUCUUCUUGGCUGCUACUAAUUUUCUGGGAUUUUUCUUCACCUUCUUAGUCACUGAGACCAAAGGACGGUCUUUGGAGGAGAUCUCUGGAGAGGAUGGCGGCGACGGAAAUUCCCCCGCCUACACACCCGCUGCCGCCGUCCCUGCCGGGGACGUUUCCAUGACCAGGCAGGCAAGCAGACGGAACGAGGCCGUACAGGGUGAUCAAUAA